AUGGACUACAAGCAGAGACUAAUCGUGGCAGCGAGGUGCGUCCACGACGGGGACUCACGCGCCGCUGAGGGAGCACGCUUCGACACCUCCGAGAUCGAGAUAACGGCGGAGCUCAAGCCCCAUCAAGUCGAAGGAGUCUCGUGGCUCAUCCGGCGGUACCAUCUCGGAGUCAACGUCAUACUCGGGGACGAGGUGAGUUCUUUGCUCUUUCUUUCAAAGUAUAUUGUACUGGCAUUGGAAGGUGACAGGUGGCGGGAAUCGAGUCAUAUCUGUGGUAUAUGA